GUGAGCUAGUGCCUCUGCCAGCGCCGCGGGCACAGCCGGUCCCUCCCCAGCCAGCGCCGACUGGGCACAGCCGGUCCCUCCACAGCCAGCGCCAACUGGGCACAGCCGGUCCCUCCACAGCCAGCGCCGACUGGGCACAGCCGGUCCCUCUCCAGCCAGCGCCGCACAGGCACUGCCGGCCCCUCCCCAGUGAGCCCCGCGGGCAGAGCCGGCUCCCAGAUGGCCCAGAGCGUCGUUUAUGCCGACCUGAGGUUCGUGAAGGCCCCUCGGGGGAACAGCACGUGCUCCAGGUCUCAGGAGGCAGCGCUCGCAGAGGAGGAAGAUGCGGAGCUCACCUACGAGAACAUCCGGCUGGCCCAGACUGGGGAGGUGAAGCGGGGGCAAGGGGCGGAGCAGAGCAAAGAGCCCAGGUGGAGCACGUGGUACCUGCCCCUCGGCCUGCUGGGGGCCUGCCUCUUCCUCCUGGCCACCACCAUUGGCCUGGGGGUUCGCUACUGGCAGGUUUCCCAACAUCUGCAGCAGGCGUCCCGAGCGCACGAGGCAGAGAGCAGCCGCCUCUCCCAGCAAGUCAGCACCAAGGGGGCCACCCUGGAGCAGACGGCGAGGGAGCUGGAGCAGGCCAGGCAGGAGCUGGAGCAGGUGAGGCAGGAGCUGGAGCAGAUGCGGCUGCAGGAGAACAGCACCCAGGAGCGGCUGCGACAGCGAGAGGCCGUGUUAGAGGGAUCAAAGGAGGAGCUGGCGAGGGUACAGGAGGAGAAGACAGAAAUUAAAGAGAAGCUGAACAAAAUGGAGAGCACCCUGUCCAGCAUCCGCCCCUGCGAGCAGACAGGGUGCUGCCCGGCAGACUGGGUGUUGUACAGAGGAAAGUGCUUGUUCGUCUCGAAGGAGGAGAAGACUUGGAAAGAAAGCAAAGAAGACUGUGACCGGAAAUCUGCUGGGCUUCUUAUUGCCAAAUCCUGGGACACGGAGACAACACCGAAUUUUCUGAAAAAUACUGAUGUGCAGUAUUGGAUUGGACUCAGGAGAGACUGGAGUACGGGAUCACAGUGGAAGUGGGUUGAUGAGUCGCCCUUUGAAAAGUAAGUACAAUAUU